AAAAUGAGACCAAAGAAGGUCGCAAUCAUUGGCAAGUGCCCGUUCUCCUUGGUCAUACCAGGCGCCGGACCUUCAGGGCUCGUGACAGCGAAGACUCUCCUGCACAACUUCCCACAUGGAGCUUUUACGCCAAUUAUAUUUGACAGUCGUCAUGAGGUCGGCGGUCUUUGGCCAAAUCGGGCGUCGAGGGGUCAGAGCGACGAAGCCCACGGGUCUCCGGGACUGUUAGACCCCUGGAUGCGAACUAACCUCAGUCGGUUUACGGUGGCUUUUUCUGAUUUUUCCUGGGAAUCGGUAAUGCGAGAUUCUGAUAUCCCGAUGUUUCCUCAAGCAUAUCAAGUCGGGAAGUAUCUGGCUGCCUACACAAAGCACAGUGCUCGGGAUCUAAAUUCGCAACAAAAUCCUUCUGAGAAUGAUAUUGAAUCCGAAGAUUUUGACUUACUUGUUGUAGCAUCGGGAUACUUUGCUCGCCCAUAUAUCCCAGACAUUCCCGGGUUAAAGCAAUCUUCAGCACGGGUGGUCCACAGCUCCAUGCUUGACAAGGGCCGAGACCCAGUGCUUGAUGCAGCUAACGCAGCCGCGGGUGACAUUGUUGUCAUCGGCGGCAGCAUGUCAGGAGUUGAAACUGCAUCCGCUCUUGCUUUGCAACAAUCUUCAUCUAUGUUCGUUCAGGAGCCCACAUUGCAGGUGAAUAGCAAGCGCAAGAUCCAUCACAUAUACUCACGGUCAUUCUGGUCUUUGCCCACUUACCUUCCUCACGAAACAGCUCAGGAUACACUUGCCUUUCUCCCAUUGGACUUGGUGAUGUACGAUCUGGGUCGUCGGCCAUCAGGCCUCAUAGAGUAUGCCCUCGGCCCGAUCCCGGAGGAAAAGGCGAGAAAGACGAAUGAUUAUUUCAGAUCUCUUCUUGGUACCGAAUACGAACAGUUUGGACAUAUGCAGGACCUAUCAUCCGAGCCGGAGACUCAUUCUGAACCUCCGUGGGUAGCAAUCGGGAAUGAUUAUUCCGAAUUUGUGCGGUCUGGUGAUAUCGAAGCCACAAUGGGUCGGGCCAUCUCGAUUGAUCCUAGCGCAAAUAGUGCGUUAUCCUCGAUCAACCUUGAGACCUCUAGUGGCUCAAAAACACUGGAGAAUGUGGCGACAGUUGUGAUGGCUACCGGAUUCACGCCAUUUAAUUCUCUAUCGUUCCUGCCCGAAGAUGUUCUGGACCAGUUGGAGUUCACAUCUGAGGAUCCUUUUCUACCACUCAUUUUGGACAUGGGCGGUACUAUCCGCUCCGAGGUUUCAGAUUUAGGCUUUGUAGGGUUCUAUCGAGGUCCCUAUUGGGGAGUCAUGGAGAUGCAAGCUCGCUUUUUGGGUAAAAUGUGGUCGCAAUCACCCGACGAGUGUUUCAAGACAGAGGAUCAACGAGCAAGCCUCCGUGUUUUGAGACACCCCAGCCCAGUUGUUCGUCGAGGCCAGUUCCCAAUGGGAGACUACGUGGGUUUGAUGGAGGAAUUGGCAAAGAAUCUAGGGAUCGAUCGUGCAAUAUUACUUGCUCAUGCUGAAAGCCAAUCUGGACCGGUUAUUCCCGCUCGUUAUACCACGUGGAAGAAGUCCUCCCGAGCUCAGCUGCAAGACACGGCUACAGGCGGUGCUGAAGUUCAGCAGACUUUGGAUGCUCUUCAGAUAAGCUCAAGUCAGGAAAGCCCCAGUGCGAAGGCUGCAGCAUCACUGGCCAUCUUUCGAGCCUUGCAAGGAACUUGGAAUUUUACUCAAUCUAACGCGGCAACUAAAGAGACGGGCGAAUCAGGAACUAUGGUUUUCUAUCCUCGAUACUCAUCGAAUCUCAAAUAUGACAGAGAGUAUUAUGUAUGCGAGACUAGCCGAGGCGCCGACCCGAAACUCCAUCAGACCUUCCCCUUUGGUACGCCCGUGUCUGUUUUUCGGCUUGCAGAAUUCGGAACCAGCGAAAACAGCUCUGGUAUCGAAAUCUGGUCCAUAAAUGAAGGGAGAAGCACUGCAGUCGAUAGUCACCUCUAUAAUUUGCAUCUUUCACCGUUUUAUCGCAAGAAAGAAAGAGGGAUAUACAUCCCCGGAGAAUAUCUGAUCCAUGCUUGCAGCAUGCCCACGGCUGCCACAACAGAGGCUGUUCCAAGGGGAUAUCAAUACACCUUCCACUUCCAGGGUGUAACGAUCUCUAGAUGGGAGUUUGUCGAUCUAAGCGAUGUUACCUCGGGGAACGAGACCCAUUCUGAGAAACAUGAGUUGCCCGGUUCGCGAACUAUAUACACAAGAUAG